AUGGCUAGCAGCCCUGAGAUCACAGCCAUCCUUAGCACCGUGAGCGAGGGACGCACGAAGGACCUGAGAUACCGACAAAGACAACUCCUAUCGCUUCAUAGUUGGAUCGACACUCAUGCAACCGAAAUUGCUGGUGCUCUUGCCGCGGAUGACGGUCGGUCGCCUCUCGAAGCUGAGUUUGUUCUGUCAGCCGUGUUGAACGAGCUUCGACAUCAUUACGAGAGUCUCGACCUCAAAAAGGAGCUAGCGGUCGAGUAUAGCAUCAAGAAGGGCAAAGAAAAUCCUGAUCGACGAGUUGCCGAAGAUCUAGUGUACUUGGUCCCCGCGAGAUCGUCGCUUGUCUUCAGUGUCCUCGUUGUAUUAUGUGCAAGUAUCGCAGCCGGUUGCUGCUUCAUAGUCGAAGCUACCCCAGACGUUCUUCGUCGCUUGUUCUCCGAGUCACUGGACAGAAGGGCUUUCAUAACUGUCAGCAAUCGUCCAAUAGAGUCGGUCCUUCGUUCAUGCUUGGUAGUUGAUCAGGCCAACAGUUCUUCGUCAGACGCCGGUGGCAGAAUCCUCACCUGCGAUAGCCAGCGCCGAGCUGUGGCAAUUGUGGACAGAAGUGCCGAUUUGGAUCUGGCAGCCAAGGAGAUUGCCGCAUCGAGAUAUUUUGUGGGUGGAGAAGGCGACUAUGCCCCGGACUUAGUUUUGGUGAAUGAAUUUGCACGAGCUGAAUUUCUCGAGGCCUGGUCCAAGCACUGCACGGCGCUCAGUCAUGCAAGAUCGGCCAUGGACGGAUCUUGUUCUAGUGACGGCGCCCUCCAUCCAACUCUUGACGUCGGCAAGAGUUUUGUCACAAUACCUAGGUCUAGAACACAGGAUCCCUGCCUCAUGGGCCGAAAACAGCAUUCGGAGAUGAAAGGUGAAGGUCUUCGACUCGACGAGAUCAGUACACGGCAGGACUUGAACUUUGACGAAGCACGACGAGCCGACACCGUGACUCUACUGGCAUACACCAGUCUUGACGAUGCUAUCGAUUCGUUAGCCACCGUGCAACAGAAUGCGCUGCCAGCACUGUAUGUGUUUGCCGAUCUAGCGCCGGCCAAGUAUCUGUCACAUUUUAUCAAGACACAUGUUAGUUUUGUCAACCACAUCCCAGCCAAUCUUUUGAUUGGUCCCGUCGCACCGUCUGGCUAUCCCGUAUCAACAGAAUCACGAUAUCGCCGUGAGAUGUUUGAGUCGCCCAGUCCGCAAUUUGUCAACGUUGCUGCAAACGAGCUCGGGGUCGCAGAUGCUGUCGAGGUGGAGACCAGAACAUACAAGAGGUGGCACGAGGCGGCUAGGUCUCCUCUCAAACCGACAGGUCAGCCGCGUGAGGGCGACGUCAACUUCUUUGUGCAGGGUCUCCGCGCCGCGAUCGUCGUCUACGUCCUACCGGUCGCGCUAAUUGGGAUCUUCGGUGCGGGUUUUAUGGGAAAGAAAGCGCUUUCGUAUCUUAAGGCGAGGUAG